AAGAAAAAGGACUUUAUCUCGUCUACUCUAGAUAAAGUCCUUACAUUAUUGAUUUAUUGUCGUGGUAACUCUCUAUACCAAAACAGAAGAACAAACAAAAAAGUGCAUGUCUAUUAAUUCCUUCUGUAACAUCUUUCAUUCAUUCAUUCAUUUUCUCUAUACUCUAUUACUCUACUCAUCUACUGUCUAGUGUCUACUGCAUUCCAGAAUCCAGAGUGUCCAGACAAUUCUGUUUGAGUUUAACUUGUUAAGCUCUCUUAACCUGUUUUUGUUCACCAUUUAUCUCUCUCUUAUUCAUGUAUAUCUAUUUAAUGAAAGGCCACUUACUUUUUCCCAUCUAACUAUCUAAGCAUUUGCUUUCUCUGUUCAUUCAACAAUUUCAGUCUUUCUAAGCUGCUUUUUAGCUCAACUUCUUAUCUUUUCCUCUUCUCCACUCUUUAUUCAACUUGUAUUCCCCAAAAACUUGCCAAAAUAUCAAAUGGGUAUCCUCCAUUUUGAGUUUUCAAGGAUUUUUUUGAGCUACCCAUCUUAAGUUUAGGGUUCUUGAACAAAAGUAACCCCAAAAAAACCUUACUUUCAUCCCCAGAUCUUUACUUUUCUGGGUUUUAAGUAAGUGGGUGUUUUUAUUUAUUUCCAAUUUGGUGUAUAAGUUUGUGAAUUAAAGGUAAAAAAUGGCAGAUUUUAGGCAAAGAGUUGGGAGUUUUUCAGUUAUAUUUGGGAUGUUUUGGUUGAUUUCAAUGGUAAUGAAAGUGAAUGGAAUAGGUGCAAACUGGGGCACACAGUGUUCACACCCUUUAUCACCAGAUAUAGUGGUGAGAUUGUUGAGAGAAAAUGGGAUUCAAAAAGUGAAGCUUUUUGAUGCAGAUUAUACCACACUUCAUGCACUUGGUAAUACUGGGAUUGAAGUUAUGGUUGGUAUUCCUAAUGACAUGCUUUCAACUCUUGCUUCUAGCAGUAAGGCUGCUGACAGAUGGGUGUCAGAGAAUGUCACUGAGCAUGUCAACAAAAACAAAGUCAAUAUUAGGUAUGUUGCGGUUGGCAAUGAGCCUUUCUUAGCAACUUACAAUGGAAGUUUCCUAAAAACAACCUUUCCUGCCCUUCAAAACAUUCAGAAUGCCUUAGUAAAGGCACGCCUUAGUAACCGAGUGAAAGUUACAGUUCCCAGCAACGCCGAUGUGUAUGCAAGUCCUAGCACCAUGCCCUCUGGUGGUGAUUUUCGAGAUGACAUACACGGUUAUAUGACUCAAAUUGUCAAAUUCUUAAGUGACAACGGUGCACCAUUCACAGUCAACAUUUAUCCUUUCAUAAGUCUCUACACUGAUGCCAACUUCCCGGUAGAGUAUGCCUUUUUCGAUGGUAAUGCAACCCCACUUACCGAUGGUGGUACUAGCUAUUUCAACAUGUUUGAUGCAAACUAUGACACCCUUGUUUGGGCUUUGCAAAAGAAUGGGUUUGCCAACAUGCCUAUAAUAGUCGGGGAAAUAGGUUGGCCAACCGAUGGAGACAUCAAUGCUAAUGUCAAAUAUGCUCAAAGAUUCAACCAAGGUUUCAUGACCCGCACUGCAAAUGGCAAAGGAACACCAAUGAGGCCCGGACCCAUCGAUGCAUACUUGUUUAGCUUGAUAGAUGAAGAUCAAAAGAGCAUUCAACCGGGUAGUUUUGAACGGCAUUGGGGUAUAUUUACUUUUGACGGGCAACCCAAGUACCAAUUCAACCUUGGUACUACAAAUUUAGGAACAUUAGUUAAAGCAAAAGGUCUAACAUAUGAAGAAAGGCAAUGGUGUGUUCUCAAACCAUCUAUAAAGCUUGAUGACUCGAGACUUGCUCCUAGUGUAAGUUAUGCUUGUGCACGGGCCGAUUGUACUAGCCUUGGAUACGGAAGCUCUUGUGGCGAUUUGGAUGCUCGAGGGAAUAUAUCUUAUGCUUACAAUAGUUAUUACCAGAUAAAUGAUCAAGAUGAAGAAGCAUGUAAGUUUGAAGGUUUAGGAGCUAUAACUAAAUCAGAUCCAUCUAGAGAUACUUGCAGAUUUCCUGUGAUGAUUGUGCCGUAUGAGUCAGGGUCAGAUCAAGUGUUUCAUCUUCGGGGAAUUCGAUCAUGUUUAGUCAGUGUCAUCAUUCUGUUUCUGACAAUGUUCUGAUUACAGAGAAUUUGAUCUGGUGAGGUGAGGUGCCAACUCUAUUUUUGGUUUUGAUGUUUGUCACCUGAGGCUUUGGUGGUUUUCAAGUAGAAAAUUGAUCUGAGAUAAAACAGAAUAUUGAAAUCCAGAUUGUUCGAUAUGUAAUACAAGUUAAGGGUAGGCUGUCAAUUACUUAUGUUAUAUUGAUUAUUGGAGGGGAAAGCAGUGCAGGUUUCAUAUUUCAGUGACGUUAUAAACAUCUUUAUGGAAAUCUAGGCUGCAUAAUUUGAUCUCUCA